CAGUAGUGCGAUAUCAGUGUGUCAGAAAUCAGAGAAAAUGAAUAGGGUCAAUACGUUCCAGUUUAGUAAUAUGCUUAUGAUAUUUUCAAAGGAGUUUAAUUUGUAGCAAUGAAAACAUUUGAGAAAUGAUUAAGAAUAUAAUUACUACACCCAUAAGCUAUUUUAUGAAGUUGUAACGAUGGGGAACUGGAGUUUUUUAGUGCAAUCCGUAUUCAUUUAUUUAAUAGUCGUUUUACUCUGCAAGUCUAAUGGGGAAAUUGCAUCGAGCCUGGACGGUCUAUCUACACUACUCCCGCCGAUUAAACCACAGGAGCCGGGGGAUAGUGGUCCCCAGCCGUUCCCAGAUGAUGAAAACACUAAUUUGCCCGUUUUCACUAUGGACUACCCACGCAUUCAGUUGCCAUUUGAGAUCACUCUAUGGAUUUUACUGGCAUCAUUUGCCAAAAUUGGGUUUCACGUGUACCACAAGAUCACCAUCUGGGUCCCGGAGUCCUGUCUGCUCAUCUCCAUCGGCCUGAUCGUGGGGGCCAUCAUGCACGCGGUGAAGGAGGAGCCACCGGCCGUGCUGGAGUCCAGCGUCUUCUUCCUGUACAUGCUGCCUCCCAUCGUGCUGGAGAACGGCUACUUCAUGCCCACGCGCCCCUUCUUCGAGAACAUGGGCACGGUCAUGUGGUACGCAGUGGUGGGUUCUCUGUGGAACUCCAUAGGCAUCGGCUUGUCGCUGUAUGCUAUCUGCCAGAUAGAGGCCUUUGGCGUGCAGGACAUCAACCUUCAGGAGAACCUGCUGUUCGCCUCCAUCAUCUCUGCUGUGGACCCAGUGGCUGUGAUCAACGUCUUCCAGGACAUUAGCAUCAAUGAGCAGCUCUACAUUGUGAUUUUUGCAGAGGGCCUCUUCAAUGAUGCUGUCACUGUGGCGCUGUACAACAUGUUUGUCUUUGUGGCAGAGUUGCCAGUUUUCAAGUCGGUGGACGUCUUCCUGGGCGUUGCCCGCUUCUUCGUGGUGGGACUGGGCGGUGUGUUAUUCGGUGUCCUGUUUGGGAUCGUGGCUGCGUUUACCUCGCGGUUCACCUCUAAAGUGCGUGAGAUCGAGCCCCUCUUCGCGCUCAUGUUCAGCUAUCUGGCCUACCUGGUGGCCGAGCUGUUCGGUAUCUCCAGCAUCACAGCGAUUGUGGUGUGUGCCCUGACCAUGCGUUAUUACGUCGAGGAGAACGUCUCCCAGCGUUCCUGCACCACCAUACGCCACGCCAUCAAGAUGCUGGCCACCAUCUCGGAGACACUCAUCUUCUUCUUCCUGGGAGUGGUGACCAUAACCACUGACCAUGAGUGGAACUGGGGCUUUAUCCUGGGCACUCUACUAUUCGCCUUCAUCUGGCGAGGCCUGGGCGUCUUGGUGUUGACCCAGAUCAUCAAUCCUUUCCGCACCGUCCCAUUUGACUACCAAGACCAGUUUGGUCUGGCCUAUGGUGGACUAAGAGGGGCUGUUUGCUUUGCCCUUGUCUUCUUACUGCCCGAUACCAUUAACAGACGCAAGCUCUUUGUGACGGCCUCCAUCGCCAUCAUCCUCUUCACCGUCUUCAUCCAGGGCAUCAGCAUUCGGCCAAUAAUAGAGUAUCUCAUCAACAUCAGGAGAACCCACAAACAGGAGACCAUCAGUGUUGAGAUCCAUAGAAGGGUAAUGGAGCACACUAUGACUGGAAUUGAGGACAUCUGUGGACAGUGGAGUCACCAUUACUGGAAGGACAAGUUCAAGAGGAUUAAUGACAGGUACAUCAGGAAGAUCCUCCUCAGGGACAACCGUGCGGAGUCCAGCAUUGUGGCCCUGUACAAACGACUGGAACUAUUAAACGCCAUGGAGAUCCUGGACACUCCGAACGGUGACAUCAGCGCAGCUCCAUCCAUCAUUUCACUACAUGAUGAGAAGAAAGCAUCUUACAGGCCAAAGAAGAAGUUCCUUGCAAGUGACCUGAAAAAUAUGCAUGAAAUUCUAUCGAAGAACAUGUACAAAAUUAGGCAGAGGACUGUGGAGUACACCAGCAAGCAUGCCCUUCCAGACGACACCAAGACCAGAGAGAUCUUACUACGCCGGCACUCGACCAUCAGACGGAGCCUGAGGCAUGGAAGUUUCCGUGACCCGGCUGUGGCUAGAUCGCAGAGGUAUCUAUCACUACCCGCAGGGGAAAGUCUUGACGCUCAUUUCCCUCCAAGAGGAGACUCAAGAUCCGAGACAGACCACCCGCUUGCUCGGACCAGGCUGGUGCAGUCGAUGCGCUCCUCCUCCUCAUCCUCACACGCCAUGCGGCCCCUGAGGAGACUGGGCACCCUGCAGGAGACGCCGCUGGCCGAGAGCAGUGGACGUCCUGCGAGUGUGGACAUCCUGAACGAGAGGAGCAGUGUCCGUUACUCGUCAUCGUCGUCUUUGCGCCCUCCGUCCCGCGCGGCCUCCGCUAGGACCGCUCCAGCCCCAACGCCACGCCACCGCCUGUCCAGCGCAGCGGCAAGCAACGAUGGCGAGUGGGAGACGGAGGAGGAGGUGGAGGAGAUGGAGGAGGCACCUCGGCCUCCAAGACCCAGCUGGGCAGCUGACUCGACACAGACACGGAACCCGCUGCUCAGACAGACACCCAGGAAGAACCCUUGAGAGGAACCUGGAGAACCUCCUCAGUCCUGAGGAAGGUGUAGACUCUGUCUAUCUGACUGAGUGAAACUAGUGAAGAGUUUAAAGGUUGUGUGAGGUGAACAGACUGACCUAGGAAGGUGUGGGUCGGAAACAAACCUUUCCGUCUGACACUGUUGUUUGGAACGUGCCCCGCUGAAACUCCACACACAAACCAUUCAACAAAACUAUCCUACUUAACGAGUUUAGUGAGUUCAAUACGGGUUUGACUGCUCUUGUAAAGGAGACGGCAUUACAGUGUCAGCAUUAUACUGUACUAUACUGUACUUAUACUGUAAACACUGUCAGAAAGGACUGACUGACUCCUAGUGGAGAUGGCACCUGCUGAUAGCAGAGGACUACACUGUAAAACAAAAACAAAACAAAAAAACAUGUUUUGGUAAUUUUCUGCCAGUACAAUUUCUGUAAAUAUUGUAUAUUUUUAUGGAUUAUUCACUUUUUUAAUGGAAAGUUCCUUAAAAUAGCAGGAAAUAUUAUUUCAAAUAUUUCCAUGAAUGAAGAAUAUUUUCAGAAAAUUACCAGUAGAUUUUUUUAUGGCUUUUUUUUUACAGUGUACCUUCUUUUUUCCCCAGACUUUUGUCUCCUCCAUGAACUGUUGUGUAGAUGCAGGAUAAGGUGCUGGUCAGGUGACCAGCAAACUAGUAUGGUACUUUUGAUGUUCAAAGAACUGAGUGACAUAUUAUUUUCAGCUGUGGCGAAGAGCUGGUGAAGUUCAAUUCUCUGGGCUGCAUGAGAGAGCCUGAAGACAUGAGACAAAAAAAUAUUAUCCUCUUAACCUCAUCUGAACUGCGUUGAUUAUGUGGAAGAUCAUUUAAUCAAUGUGAUCCACGAUAUCCAUGUCAACACAAAGAAAAUCUUUCUACAUACAUAGCUACAACAAAGGUUUCAAUUUCUGACACACAUCUUGAACUUG